AGCGGGGAGGAGGCGCUGCAGCCCCAGUAACGGCGGCGGGGGCCGGAGCAGUCAAAGCCGCGGGCAGGAGAACAGCCGCCCGGGUCUGCAGCCGAGUCGGUGCGCCGGAGCCGGAGGGGCCGAGCGGGACACCCGGGGGGCUGGUGCAGGGGACCCCAGAGGCGGGCGGAGGACGCAGCAUGGCCCCGCUCGGCGGCGGCAGCAGCAGCCUGGCUCCUGCCUCUGCGCCUCUCCGCGCGUAAGGGGCCCCGUCUCGCCAGGUGCGCCGGAGAGAGGCGCAGGCAGGGAGCGCGCCAGCCGCCCAGCACCGCCCCGGGGCCGGGGAGCUGCGGCCACUUGUUCAUCCCGCCGGGGUCCCUCAGCCCUGCGCCUCCAGCUGCGGCGCUCCGGGCUCGGCGCCCGGGCACCGAGGUUGCCCCCGGGGAGCUCCCGCUGCGCGCGGCUGGAAGGGCCCCAGCCAUGGCCAAGGACCCGCUGAAGCCCCGGCUCUGCCACAUGAUCAAGGGGGAGACCGGCUACGGCUUCCACCUGCACGGCGAGAAGGGCAAGAGCGGCCAGUUCAUCCGCAAAGUGGAGCCCGGCUCCCCGGCCGAGGCGGCGGCGCUGCGCGCUGGGGACCGGGUGGUGGAGGUGAACGGGGUGAACGUGGAGAAGGAGACGCACCACCAGGUGGUGCAGCGCAUCAAAGCGGUGGAGUCUGAGACCCGCCUGCUGGUGGUGGAUAAGGAGACAGACGAGUACCUUUGCGGCCUGCGGCUGACGUGCACUGAGGAGAUGGCGCACGCCGGGAUCCCGGUGAACUCCAACGUGUCGCCAGCCAAAUCGCCCGGCAGCGACAACGGAGACGUUUGGAAACCGCAGCUGGAGCUGAGCGGCGGGAGCCUCCGGAGUCACUCGUCGCACAGCUUCACCUCGGAGAGCGGGAAGAAGGAUGUCAAUGGACCAACACAGGAGCUGCGUCCGCGUCUCUGUCACCUUAAGAAAGGCCCCAGUGGCUACGGGUUCAACCUCCACAGUGAAAAGUCCAGACCUGGGCAGUUCAUCCGUUCGGUAGAUCCCGAUUCACCAGCCUCUAAAGCGGGCCUCCGACCCCAGGACAAGCUUGUCGAGGUGAACGGGAUAAAUGUGGAAGGCAUGAAACACUCCGAGGUUGUGUCAAACAUCAAGGCCAAGGAGAACGAAGCCAAGCUCCUAGUGGUGGAUCCCGAAACGGAUGAAUACUUCAAGAAACUGGGGAUAAUCCCCACGGAGGAGCACAUCAAAGGUGGAGUGCCUCAGCCUAUUACUAACGGGUCUGCACAAACCCAGCUGAACGGAGGAUCCAUGUCUUCAUCCCAUAGUGAUCUUCAAAGUCCUGAGAAGGAAUCAGAGGAGGGAGAGUCUGAGAAGAAGGACCCAUUUGAGGAAAGUGGCCUGAACCUGAGCCCGACUGCGGCAGAGGCCAAGGAGAAAGCGCGCGCCAAGCGGGUGAACAAGAGGGCUCCGCAGAUGGACUGGAACAAGAAACGGGAGAUUUUCAGCAACUUCUGAGCCAGGACGGCAGGUCUUCCCCUUCUCCCCACCCUCCAAACUGAACAUCUCCAACGCGCACCAGCCCCCUUCCUGGCUGUCGACCCAAGACGCUUUGUGCUCUGCUCUUCAUUGGUCGCUUUUUGCAAGGCAAAUUUUUUAAAAAAAGGGUCGUUUAUGGACAAGUGAUUCCAGUAGAAAGAUGACCAAAGCUCCUCCCAGCACUUACCCGGCUGCCUGCGGUUCCCACAUUGCUGCUGAAGAAAGACUGGAAAGAUUUCAGUUUUCCUUCUUACCUGCUUUAUUUCAGUUUUUACUAUUUUGAGCUUCCCCCAGCCGCAGAAUCCCCGGUGAGAUAUUAUGCAUUCCUGUUUAAAAGCCUCGCGCCGAGGGCUCCCAAAGGGCAAACUCUUAUUCGUUUCAAUUCAAAAUAAUCUAGUUUGUUUUAAAAAAAAAAAAAAAAAAAUUGAAAAAAAUCCCACUCUGAGCUACAGUGUUGAAUACUCACAAGGUGGGAGAUUGGUCAGUGGCUAUACAUUUCUCUCGUUGGCUUCUCUAUUGAUUUAGAAGGGUUGGUGGGGUUUUUUGUUUGUUUUUGGUGUAAAAAAGAAAAUUCCCCAUCUGUUUCUCAUUAAUGCUGGAACCGCUCUCCCCCGGGAUCCCUUUAACCAGUGCAAUAAAAGCCCUUUUCUCAGCAAACCUUUUCCCUUCUGUGCUCCACCCCCGCCUCCCCUCAAAACAAACUCUGGGUGUUGAGAAGAUGGUAGGACUUAAAAACAAAACAAAAAAAUCCCACAAAACCUAGUAGCCCAAACAACCCAGGCCUCAGAUGUGCAUAAUAAAAUGCAGAAAUGGCAGGAGAGGAGGGGAAUAAGCCCCCCCCCCCCCCCCCGACAAUAAAGGAAUGUCUGUGAUUCCUGUUAGCACAUCCACACGCAAGGUUUUCUGUCCCCGAUCUCCACUGGAAGCCCUGCGAGAACAAACUCAAUGAGACACUGGAAACAUGGUUCUUCAGGCAGACUUCAAAGAAGCACAACCAAGUGUCUCAUCAGCUGGGAACUGAAAUCCCUGAAGACCUUGCUUUGAGAGGCCCUCAUGAAAACAGGGCUUCAAGCAGGAGCAACCCAGCGGUGGCUCGUCCACUCAGACGCUGGCUUCAGAACCAAGCCCCAACCCGAACCUGCUUUGCUAUUCCUGACUCAGGGUUUAAACCUCUCACAUUUUCCUGCUGAUCUCUCACCAGCUGCAUUGCCAACCUGGAAAAAUAACAAGCAAGCUCUCUGUUGUCUUAUGUUGGGCUGGGCCGGGCCCCUUGUAGCAAUGUGAUCUGGCAUGUGGAUUGUCUUAUAGGAAGAUGGAAUACGAUCCGCUGGUCCACACCGUAUUGCUAACCGUUAAACUGGCAGCGGGGUUGGUGGAGCAGACAACUGCUUUGGCUUUAGGCCCCUCUUUGAAAACACCCUGCUCUCAAUGUUAGAGAGUUCCAUAAAAUGUACCAUUAAAGCUAUCCGACAUAGCCAUGACUAAACUAGUAUAAAAUCUUCACUACUUACCUCGGGCUUCAAACGAGGGACACUAACGAAGAUUAAAUUAAACGUGUACUAAUGGCUUCCAGGCAGUGGAGUUGUACUGGGGCUGGAUCUGUGCCGUAGAGAGCGGGACGAUUCCCGUUGCCUUUUUACUGAAAGCUAACAAAACAGCCUUUUUGGCUGACAUGUAUUUUGUAACAAUGGCAAAAAUAGUAUUAAAAAAGCAGGUGGGGUGGGGGAUGGGCAGAGCAGACAGUUUAGGUCAAUGACCACUCCCCACCCCCACCCUCCAGCUAACGACACACUAGGGCAAGAAUGUAAGAUUUGCAAUAGUUAUUUACGAUAAAGCACAUGGUUCAGUUUUGUUGCCCCAGGUUACCCUCAGACUCUGUAUAAUGAACAAGUGGCCUUUGACUUUGUGCACUAUGGUCUUGUGAAGGUUCUGUGUAUAUUUCGUAAUACUGAGCUAAAAAAGGUGCCUUAUAACAUUUACUGUUCCUUUCAGUAGAUGGAUGUAUCGCAGCAUUGUGGGGAGGGGACGGAGGGGGUGUUCAGCUUCUUUGCAGGGACCAGUGAAGGGCGAGGCUGUGACCAUACUGAAGACAGGGAGGAUGUACAGUGUUAGUGGGGCAAAUGGAUGCAAAUAGGAUCUUGGAAAGAAAUCUCUGCAAGUGUUUGGCUGUAAACCCUGGGACGGAUACCAGGUUGGAGAGGGUUAGUAAGAAGUUUAGAGCUUUUCUUCCCUACAGGAGUCUCACAUUGGCCUCUUACCUUGCGUUUCAGAAGAAAAUUUGAUUGGGGGGGGGGAGGGAGGGGGCCACUUGCUGUUGGCCACAACAAACAGUUGCUACUCUAAUAAGUCCGUAACACAAGAAUCUUACACUCACGAUAUGCAGAUUGCUUUCAAUCCCUGUACUUCCAACUACAGUAUGCGAGUCUGCUAGGGAUAAAACCUCCCCAGUUACAUUGCAAGGUAGGUGUUAAAAUACAGCGUAGCAAACAAGGAAGUCAUUCUCGAAAAGCCUGUAAAUAAGUCAGAACCAACGUAGUCGAGGGGAAAAUAGCAUGGUUGUGUUUUCUUUUUAAUGCUGAUCAAAAUAAAUCAGGUAUGCAAAUAUGUACCAAUAAGAUUUUAAAAUUAUCGCUGCAUAGUCCAUGGAAAUGGCUCAUGGUUAAAGCACUUAUCGCUAUUUCUGACAUCUAGUAGCUCUGUAAUAAUAAUUAUUCAGUUUCUGUACAUUUAACUUGAAAAACCAAUACAAGUAUAAAGUUGUUAUCUGCAUUGUAAAGACAAUGGAUACUGUAAUGUCAAUAAUAAACUUUGUUUUGCCAUGUA